AUGGACUUGGGGAACUACAGCACCAUCACGGAGUUUAUCCUCCUCGGGCUCUCCGCCAAUCCCCACGUCCAGGCUGCACUCUUUGUGCUCUUCCUGGGGAUUUACCUGCUGACCAUCAUGGGGAACCUGAUGCUGCUGCUGGUGAUCAGGAUUGAUUUUCACCUGCACACACCCAUGUACUUCUUCCUGAGUCACCUCUCUUUUGUCGAUAUCUGCUUCUCUUCGGUCACUGUGCCCAAGAUGCUGGAGAACCUUCUGUCUCAAAAGAAAACAAUAUCAGUAGAGGGCUGCCUUGCUCAAGUCUUCUUUGUGUUUGUUGCUGCAGGAACUGAAGCCUGUCUGCUUUCUGCAAUGGCCUAUGACCGCUAUGCUGCCAUCUGCCACCCUCUGCUGUACGGACAGAUCAUGAGUAAACAGCUGUAUAUGCAGCUUGUGUGGGGCUCGUGGGGACUGGGCUUUCUGGAUGCACUCAUCAACAUCUUCCUAGCUGUGAAGAUGGUCUUCUGCAAGGCCCAAAUCAUCCCCCACUACAGCUGUGAAAUGCCCUCUCUCCUCUCACUGUCCUGUUCCGAUAUCUCCAGCAACCUCAUUGCCUUGCUCUGCUCCACUCUUCUACAUGGACUCGGAACCUUCCUUUUGGUCUUAUCCUACACCCGUAUAAUCGCCACCAUCCUGAGCAUCAGCUCCACCUUAGGCAGAAGUAAGGCCUUUUCCACCUGCUCCUCCCACCUCAUCGCAGUGACCCUUUACUAUGGCUCAGGUUUGCUCCGCCACCUAAUGCCAAAUUCAGGUGCGCCCCUUGAGCUGAUCUUUUCUGUGCAGUAUACUGUAGUCACUCCCAUGCUGAAUCCUCUCAUCUAUAGCCUGAAGAACAAGGAGGUGAAGGCAGCUCUGGCAAGAACUUUGGAAAAGUAUUUGCAACAUAUCAGGUGCUGA